AAUAUGUGAACUACUUUUCUGCACAAUUACAUGUUUUUUUAUUAAUUUUUAAGUCUUUGCAUGCAUGAUUUCGUAUUUAUUAUCAGUUAAAUUAAUAAGUACUUCAAAAACUAUAUUAAAAUGUCUGACGUCGAUGAAUUAGCUGAGUUGGACGAGUUGCUACGUGCCGAUUUAGCUGACGAAGCAGAACCUGUUCAAAAGGAAACUUUACGCGAAGUGGAUAUUUUCCAACCAAGCUCCAGCACACAAUCUGAACCUGAAGUUCCAGUGAGCAAAGCCGGGAAGUCUUCUGUGGUGCAUAACGGAGACACGGAUUCUUCAGACGACGAGGAGAAACGAAACUACACUGAACGCAAGUACAACGAUUACGGCUCGCAAGUUAAGAAAAUACUAGACGAUAAACAACAGGAACACGUAGAAAAACAGUUAGACUUUGUAACUAGGCUACGACAAGUUAAUAACGACGUUAAGUUUAACAAAAACAAAAGUAAACCUAAAGAAGUGCAGCAAGACAUUAGGCAUGUGUUCUGUGCCCCUGAAACGAAAUCUAAGGCAGUUUCGGAUAUUUACACGGAUCCUGUAUUUGGUAUUAGAAUCACAAAACCGCUUAUAUCCAGUGCAGCUCUUUUAGACCGCAUGCAAGGAAGAGAGGCUAUCAAUAUGUUAAGAGUAAAAAGACAUGUGGAGAAUGAGGACUUAUCAAAGGAUUGGGUUACAGCUGGUGUCAUAGUCAGGAAGAGUGCUGUGAAAAAGUCCCAAAAAGGCAAUCAAUUUGUAAUUUGGACUCUGAGUGACCUUAAGGAUGACCUGAAGACUGUUUCAAUGUUUUUGUUUCGGAAAGCUUAUAAUGAUCUUUGGAAAACAACUGAGGGCACUGUUGUUGCAGUCCUGAAUCCUAAUGUACUUGAUCGGUCACAAAAUAGCGCUGACCAGGCAUGCCUCAGUGUUGAAACCUCUGAUAGAGUUAUGAUACUAGGUCAAUCUAAAGACCUAGGCACAUGUAAGAGUAAGAAGAAAAAUGGGGAACCAUGCACAGCAUUUGUUAAUUUAUCUCAAUGUGAUCACUGCAUUUAUCAUGUCAAACAGGAGUAUCAGAAGUAUUCCAAAAGGUCAGAACUACAGUCCUCAACCAUGGGCAAAGGACUUGUUAAUUUACAGAAAAAGGUUUUAGGUAAGGAUACUGUGAUAUAUGGGGGUAGGGCAUACACUGCCCCCACUUCUGGCAACCACAAGGUGAUUAAGGAUAGAGAUCAAAACAGACUGAUGUCUUUGAGUGACUAUUACAAGUCGGAGGGAGACAAACUUAUGAUGAACAAAGCACCAUAUGGGGCAGGUAACAUGAAAAACAAUACUACACCAUUACACAGUCCCUCAACUCAAAGGAAAAGUGAUACAGAGAGACUUAAUAAACUAAUAGCUACUCCAACCAAUAUGUCUUCUAAUUUAGCAGAAAGAGUGGCUAGUUCACCAAAAUUAGGCAAAGGAUUUGGAUCUCCAAGCAAUAUCUCUUCGAGCUUAGCAGAGAGAGUGGCUAGUUCACCAAAAUUAGGCAAAGGUUUUGGACUAAAAGGAAGCGGGAUGGUGGAUCUUAACAUGACUUAUGGCGAAAAAGCAGCUGAAAGGGCAAAAGCAAAUGCAUUGAGGCUUAUACAACAGAGUGGAGGUAUUGAGAAACUUGAUCCAAAUAACAUAAGAGGCACUGAAACUGGGAAAAAAAGGGUUUUGGAAAAGCUAAAUGGUAAUAGUGAAAAUGACUGCAAGAAAUCCAAACCUAACGAAGAAACUAAGACUAAUGGUAUAAAAUCAGAGAGAUUUAAGAAGAUCUUAGAAGCUACAUCAGCACAUCAAAAUUUAAUCCAGGAACAUGAUGACAAUGAACAGGACAAAUACUUUAACAAACUGGAGAAAAAGGAAGCAAUGGAAGAAAAAAUGUUGAACACAUUCAAGUUGCCUUGCAAAGCUGUCAGGUGCAUCAAGUGCAAGUACACUGCAUUUUCAGCUGCACAACUAUGUAAAGAUGAAAGACAUCCCCUUAAAAUCCUGGAUACUUUCAAGAGGUUCUUCAAAUGUCUUGAUUGCAAUAAUAGAACAGUAUCUCUUGAACUAAUCCCAUUGAAGUCUUGUUCGAAUUGUAACAGCUCCCGGUGGGAGAAGGCACCAAUGUUGAGAGAGAAAAAGGUUACUUCCCUCUCUGAAGGGUUGUCUAUUAGAGGUGAGGAAGAGAGCUACAUAGGAGGACAGAUUAAUGCAGGGAAAAACAUUAAUUUAUUAGUUCCUGAUAACUGAAAUUUAAGAACAGAAUUGUUGUAUACUAUUGAUAAGCUAAUUUUACAAUUUUAAGCCUAAUUUGAUUUUUCGGAAAGCCUAAGUCUCCAUUUUCAAGCACUAGCCUCCUGGAUCCCUGCCAAAUUUUUAUGCUUUUGAAUUUAGAACUUUCUUUUAUUCUUGUAAAAGUUCAAACCUUAUGUACGAGGGCACCAGGAUCCAGAAGGCUUGAGUGCGUGCAAUUUUGAAAAUGGAGAUCUAGGAAGGCUCUACGAUAAUGUAGCGUGAUUGACUAAAAUACGUGAUAUCACCGUAAAUUUAGCUUGUCAACUAAUGUUUUUACUGUGACAUUUUAUGUUUAUUUAUUGUAUUUUAAAAUAAAACACAUUGUGAAAAUAAAGCAUAAUAUAAUUUUAUUAUGAAACCUCCAGUCAAUAACACUGAACCAUUCAUAAACAAUUUGUUUUCGAUUUCAUACACGACCCAGUAUAAUCUUGUCGAGCGGAACAUUCAAGGGCUUUAAUAAUUUUUACACAGCCUUUACAAUAAAUUACUACAAGUUACAAAACUGAUCAGUGGAGCUAACAAGAACCUCGACAUUGUGUUUCUUACACCAAUGUAUUUACAACUUUAUAAUAACGGGCAGUGGUCCAGAACGGAUAUAUUAUACAUAUAAUAGAAACAAAAUCAACAGACACCAAUAUCUAGGUUAAAUAAAACAAAAGAUCAUCAGCCGCCAUAGUAAAUAACUACAUCCACAAUAUAGAACGAUUACAUUUGCUGUUGAUUUGCAGUAUUGACGCGAGCUGCCAGUCUAACCAAGAUCACAGUGACAGUCGCGUUUCGAUCGCAAGCGAUCGUGACGGCGAGGAGCUUAGCAGGAUUAGCACAUUAUUGCCGCGAGGUCUUUAUGUCAUUAAUAUCGUUAGAAGAAGACGUGUGAUCUAUCUCGCGGCAAUCAUGUGCUAGGCCUACUGGUCAUUGCUACACGCAUAUACAGCUUGGCAAAAAAAAAAGAGUAGAAAUGGAAUUAAAUUUUUCACUUACUGUUUUUAUACAAAAGUGACUCAAUAGUUGCCACAUGCAAAGCGGUUUACAUUGACAGUGGCGUCUAGCUUACACACAGAAACGGCGCGCUCAUAUUAUCAGUAUGAUAACCGCUUAACUGCAAACUUAAAUAGGUUAAAAUAGUUUAAUUUCAUAAAAAUAUCCUAUCUGACAGUAGAAACGGACGAUUAACUGAUCCGAACGAAAUAUGAAGCAGAAUAA